GUGGGGUGUUUUUUUUUUCUUUGUUUGUCUGGGGUUCAUAUUCAGUGCAUAGUUCCCAUUUUCUAGGCUGAGAAUUCUGAGCAGUCCCCAUACAUUUGUGGGCCGCAUUUCACACAGCUGGGUCUGGACAACUUGGAAGGUUUUGCAUUUGUCCAUUUGAUCUGCUACGAAAUUGCUGAGGAUCAUUAAAAUUCAGUGUCAAAUAACUAAAACUGAGUGCCAGUUUUGAAAUAGUAGCCAAACAGCUUGGACUAUUCAAGUGCUAACUGACUUCACAUGUCUGCAAAAUUGGAUGGGUUUAAUCAAGUUUUAUUGUGUCAGCCAGCGCACUGUUAUAGGAUGUGGGAGGUAAUCAGAACAUGAUAAACUCUGAGUCAGUCUACAGCUGACUCUAUAAAGCACCCCAUAACAGUAUAAACUGGAAUGCAGGAGAGGAUGGACAUGGAACAGAAAGCGGACUGCUCAUCUACCACGACAGAGAUGAGAAUAAGGAUGAAGGAUCUUUCACUUCUGCUUUUAAUGUGUGCAGCUGUUUCUAACGCUGUCUCUGUACACCUAGAGAAAGAUAACAAAGAAGACACAAAGCUUGUACAGGACUAUUUAAAUAAAUUCUACACUGUUGAGCCUGAUCCAAAUCAGCUUGGAUGGAAAUCAAAUGCUGAAUCCACAUCUGAAAAACUUCAGAAAAUGCAACGAUUUUUUGGUUUGAAAGUGACUGGAAAACCAGACACUGAGACAUUGGAAAUGAUGAAGAAACCCAGGUGUGGAGUUCCCGAUGUGGGUCUCUACGGCGUUACUCUGCCAGGAUGGAAGAAAAACAAGCUGACGUACAGAAUUGUUAACCGCACACCAGAUAUGACCAAAGAGGAUGUGGAUAAAGCAAUCCAUAAAGCAUUUGAAGUGUGGAGUACUGUCACCCCGCUGAUUUUCACUCGUAUUCAUGAAGGAAUAGCAGAUAUAAUGAUUGCUUUUGGGACCAAAGCUCAUGGACGUUGUCCUCGUUAUUUUGAUGGCCCCCUCGGCGUCCUUGGGCAUGCGUUUCCACCUGGCAAUGGUUUUGGUGGUGAUGUGCACUUUGAUGAGGACGAAGAUUGGACCAUGGGCUCAGCUGGGUUCAACUUGUUCCUUGUUGCUGCUCAUGAGCUUGGCCAUGCCCUGGGUCUCUCCCAUUCUAAUGACCAGAGGGCUUUGAUGUUCCCCAACUACGCCUACAUCAGCCCUAGUGAAUUUCCCCUCUCUCCAGAUGAUAUAAACGGCAUACAGUCCAUUUAUGGAUCUCUACCAAAUGCCCCAGAUAAAAGGCCAGCCAUCCCUACCUUACCUAAGACUUGUGGCUCCCAGAUGUCUUUCAAUGCUGUAACUACACUCCGACGAGAAAUCAUUUUUCUAAAGGGCAGGCACUUAUGGCGAGUCUAUCCUGAUAACUCAGAAGUUGAGCACGAAUUAAUUUCUGCCUUCUGGCCAACUCUGCCACCUGGUAUUGAAGCUGCAUAUGAGAACAUGAAAGAUCAGAUCCUAUUUUUCAAAGGCAAUAAAUUCUGGGUUAUCAGUGGAUAUCAGGUGUUGCUUGGUUAUCCACAGAAUAUCCAUGCAUUGGGAUUCCCUAAAGGUGUCAAGAAAAUUGAUGCAGCUGUUUGUAAUAAAAAUACAGGGAAGACAUACUUUUUCAUAGGUGACAAAUACUGGAGGUUUGAUGAAAACAGCCAGUCCAUGGAGAAGGGUUAUCCUAGACAAACAGUCAAUGACUUUUCGGGAAUUAACCAGAGAGUUGAUGCUGUUUUCCAACAGAAAGGGUUAUUCUACUUCUUCCAUGGAUCAAAGCAGUGGGAGUUCGACCCUACAGCUAAAAAAGUUAUCCGUGAAAUAAAGAGUAACAGCUGGUUUAACUGUUAAUAUUAAACUUUUUUACACACAACAAUUGAGAAUAAAAAUCAUUCUAGAUUUCUCAAAGGUUGUUCAUAUAAACACUACUAUACGGAAGAGGCAACAGGACUAGUUUUCCUAUGUGUCUACUAUUUUAAUGUAUCAUCAUGUCAGCUCUAAAGGUACCUCCAAAGGCUAGAAUAAAACUGCUUUUUCUCUCCUGAAUAAGUGCAAUAUAUCCAACAUAAUAUAUGAUUUUAUACUCCAGAUGGGUUUUCCAAUAUUUUGGCAAUAAAAGGUUUUAGGUUUAUGUCAA